AAUACCCCUCUCGAGGCAAAAAAACCGACUCUUUGCUCUCAGCCACUUCUCUCCGUACUCUGCCUCGGUGCCCACUCCUGCUUGGCGCACUCUUUCUCUCUGGUUCUCAGAUUCGCCGAUCGGACGGGUCGUCCCUCUCACUACCAAUGACCAUGAUGACUCCUCCGGCGUUAGAUCAAGAGGAGGAGGAGAUGCUGGUGCCGCAUUCGGAUUUAGUCGAGGGUCCUCAGCCUAUGGAAGUCGUGGCGCAAGUGGAGCCUGCAAGUACGGUGGAGAAUCAGCCAGUGGAGGACCCGCCAUCCAUGAAGUUCACGUGGACAAUUGAGAAUUUUACUAGGUUGAAUACCAAGAAGCACUACUCGGAUGUUUUUGUCGUUGGCAGUUAUAAAUGGAGGGUACUUAUCUUUCCAAAAGGGAACAAUGUGGACCACUUGUCAAUGUAUUUAGAUGUCGCGGAUUCUGCUGCAUUGCCAUACGGCUGGAGUAGAUACGCUCAAUUCAGUUUGGCUGUGGUUAAUCAGGCUCACAGCAAGUACUCAAUAAGAAAGGACACCCAACACCAGUUCACUGCAAGAGAGAGCGACUGGGGUUUUACAUCAUUCAUGCCUCUCAGUGAUCUUUAUGACCCAACUAGAGGUUACCUUGUCAAUGAUACAUGUGUUGUGGAAGCUGAGGUUGCAGUCCGUAAGGUGCUGGAUUACUGGUCAUAUGACUCAAAGAAGGAGACUGGUUAUGUUGGACUUAAGAACCAAGGAGCAACAUGUUACAUGAACUCUCUGCUACAGACUCUCUACCAUAUUCCUUACUUUAGAAAGGCUGUGUACCAUAUGCCAACUACUGAAAAUGACAUGCCUUCAGGAAGCAUUCCUUUGGCAUUACAGAGUCUAUUCUACAAGCUUCAAUAUAAUGACAGCAGUGUGGCAACUAAAGAAUUGACCAAGUCUUUCGGAUGGGAUACGUAUGAUUCCUUCAUGCAACAUGAUGUGCAAGAACUCAAUAGAGUUUUGUGUGAAAAGCUUGAAGAUAAAAUGAAGGGCACUGUUGUGGAGGGGACAAUACAACAGUUAUUUGAAGGGCACCACAUGAAUUACAUUGAAUGCAUCAACGUGGACUACAAAUCUACAAGAAAGGAAUCAUUUUAUGACCUCCAGCUUGAUGUCAAAGGCUGUCGCGACGUUUAUGCUUCUUUUGACAAGUAUGUGGAAGUUGAACGUCUUGAGGGUGAUAACAAAUACCAUGCUGAAGAACAUGGUUUGCAGGAUGCUAAGAAGGGUGUCUUGUUUAUUGACUUUCCCCCAGUUCUUCAACUUCAGCUUAAGCGGUUUGAAUAUGAUUUCAUGAGGGACACUAUGGUAAAGAUAAAUGAUCGCUAUGAAUUUCCUCUUCAACUUGAUCUUGAUAGGGAGAAUGGAAAAUAUCUAUCACCUGAAGCAGAUAAGAGUGCUCGCAACCUUUACACACUUCAUAGUGUCUUGGUCCAUAGUGGCGGGGUGCAUGGUGGGCACUACUAUGCUUUUAUCAGGCCAACCCUCUCAGAUCAGUGGUUCAAAUUUGAUGAUGAGCGGGUUACCAAAGAAGAUGUAAAGAGGGCAUUAGAAGAGCAGUAUGGUGGUGAGGAAGAGUUGCCACCAGCCAAUCCUGGCUUCAAUAACACUCCUUUUAAAUUCACAAAAUACUCAAACGCUUACAUGCUUGUGUAUAUACGUGAAAGUGACAAGGAGAAAAUAAUCUGUAAUGUUGAUGAGAAGGAUAUAGCCGAACACCUGAGGAUAAGAUUGAAGAAAGAACAAGAAGAGAAGGAGGACAAGAGAAGAUAUAAAGCACAAGCCCACUUGUAUACUAUUAUAAAGGUUGCACGAGAUGAAGACCUUGCAGAACAGAUUGGAAAGGAUAUAUAUUUUGACCUCGUGGAUCAUGACAAAGUUCAUAGUUUUCGUAUUCAGAAACAGACAUCCUUUAGUCUUUUCAAGGAGGAUGUUGCCAAAGAGUUUGGCAUACCAGUGCAAUUUCAGCGGUUUUGGAUUUGGGCAAAGAGGCAAAACCAUACAUAUCGUCCUAAUCGACCAUUGAGUCCUCAGGAGGAAGCACAAUCUGUUGGACAGUUGAGGGAGGUAUCAAAUAAGACACAUAAUGCAGAACUUAAAUUGUUUUUGGAAGUAGAGCUUGGACUGGAUCUGCGUCCUAUAACCCCUCCUGACAAAGCUAAAGAAGAUAUUCUUCUUUUCUUCAAGCUUUAUGACCCUGAGAAAGGAGAAUUACGAUAUGUUGGUAGGCUUUUUGUAAAGAGUUCUGCUAAGCCCAUAGAAAUACUAGAAAAACUCAACCAAAUGGCUGGAUUUGCCCCUGAUGAGGAGAUAGAACUUUACGAGGAAAUAAAGUUUGAGCCCUGUGUCAUGUGCGAGCACCUUGAUAAGAGGACCUCAUUUCGAUUAAGUCAGAUUGAGGAUGGGGACAUUAUCUGCUUCCAGAAGUAUCCUCGACCUGAAAGUGAAGAAGAGUACCGAUAUCCAGAUGUUUCAUCGUUUUUGGAAUAUGUACACAACCGUCAGGUUGUUCAUUUUCGAUCUUUGGAGAGACCAAAGGAGGAUGACUUUUGUCUAGAGUUGUCAAAGGUCCACAGCUAUGAUGAUGUUGUGGAGAGAGUGGCACCGCGAAUUGGCUUGGAGGAUCCUUCCAAACUUAGACUCACAUCGCACAACUGCUAUUCUCAGCAGCCAAAGCCCCAACCUAUUAAAUAUCGAGGAGUAGAGCAUUUAUCAGAUAUGCUAGUCCAUUACAAUCAGACCUCUGAUAUAUUGUACUAUGAAGUUUUGGACAUCCCUCUGCCAGAAUUGCAAGGUCUUAAAAAUCUGAAAGUUGCUUUUCAUCAUGCUACAAAGGAUGAAGUGGUAAUUCAUAAUAUCAGAUUACCUAAACAGAGCACGGUUGGAGAUGUGAUUAAUGUACUGAAAACAAAGGUAGAAUUAUCUCAUCCAAAUGCAGAAGUUAGAUUACUUGAAGUUUUCUAUCACAAGAUCUAUAAGAUUUUUCCGCUCCAUGAAAAAAUCGAGAAUAUAAAUGACCAGUACUGGACAUUGCGUGCAGAGGAGAUCCCUGAAGAGGAGAAAAAUCUUGGCUCCCAUGAUCGUUUGAUCCAUGUUUAUCAUUUCACCAAAGAGCCUGCACAAAGCCAAAUGCAAGUCCAAAAUUUUGGGGAACCCUUUUUCUUGGUAAUACAUGAAGCAGAGACAUUAGCGGAAGUCAAAGUGCGAAUCCAAAAGAAGUUGCAGGUUCCAGAUGAGGAGUUUCUAAAGUGGAAGUUUGCCUUUUUGUCAAUGAGUCGUCCAGAGUACCUGCAGGAUUCUGACAUUGUAUCCAGUCGUUUUCAGAGAAGAGAUGUCUAUGGAGCGUGGGAGCAGUACCUUGGAUUGGAACACUCUGAUAAUACCCCAAAGAGGGCUUAUUCAGUAAAUCAGAACCGUCACACAUUUGAGAAGCCAGUUAAAAUAUACAACUAGGUUAGAGCUGAUUAUCUUCCACCAGAACAUGAGCUGUACGAGCAUCCUUCAAAGCCACAAUGGCAUAUGUGGAAAUGGAGGGGAUGAGAACAAUCGUUACAGUUGAAAAAUUAGUAGUAAAGCUUCACAUUGAUUUUACUUCCAUGAGGCUUGACUUUUGGUUUGUAGGUUGUAAUAUUCUUUCUCCAAGUUGGGUGGGGGAAGGUUUGAGGUUUUCCCUUCUGAUUUAGCGCAGUUAUAUUGUUGAUGCGCCCUGCUUGUGCUCUGCCCUGUUUCUUUUUCUUACUGAAGUCACUUCCUUUUGAGAGGGUGGCUUUCCAUAUACAGCUCCAGUGUAUUUUAGCAGUACAUAAAGAAGAUUUUGACGAGAUGUAUAUCAGGUAUAGUUAGUUUUGUUUAGCAUUCAUUAUUA